UGAACAGUCAUUGGGACGAAAUUCAUUUUUACGACCAGCUGUUUUGUUUGCCAUUGUUUAUAGCUCGAAUAAUAAGCUAUAUAUAAACAGAUAAGAGAAAGCUUCAGUCAACUUUUUUUCUGAACAUUCCGUUUUUGCAUUUGGGCGGUGCUUUACAGUUUGUUGUCAUGGUAAGACUUAAUCUCCUCUGCUGCCUGCUCCUCCUUUUCUCAGAUUUAGGCGUAGAAAGUUCACAGAUAACUUUGGCAAUUGUUGGCCAGACAAGCGACAGUUUCAAUGUUUCUGUGAACACAGAGACUGCUGGAAAUAUACUGGAGAUAGUUCACAGCUACUCAGUCACGCCCAACACAGGGUUCUCUAUAACGGAUACUGGAGACUACGUUUUCGAGCCCAUCAUAUAUGCUUAUAGUUUGGACAGUGGCACUCAGUAUACUGUCAAUGUUACCCAAGUUAACGUGACCAUGUGGAACGGAGACCCGGCCGCCAACCCCACUAUAACCCAGUCCCAGUCCAUAGAUAUUUGCACCAACCAUGGCCAGCCGACUUUUUCCUACGACUAUGGUCGCAGCGCAGUUCAAGUCAACAUCACUGGCGUGCCAAUGGACUCUUUCUCUGUCACUGUGACUCCGCCAACUGUGGGCCCUUUCGCGGACUUAACGUCCAGUGAUCUACCUUAUGAAAUAACUGGGCUGGAUAGUGGCACACAGUAUACACUCACUGUGGAGGUAACGACACCAAUGCCUUGUGUUGAAACAACUUCGGACACAAAAAUAUUUUGCACCGACCACACUCCCCCCAAUUGGGCGGUGGUAGUGGACGGUCAAGACAGCCUGACGGUGACCCUGAGUACAUUCACUGGCGCAUACAAUUCAAUAGUAACAAGUUCGAACCCCGCAUCGACCAAUGGCAAUGAGACUUCUGCGGCUGCAGAUGGUGUUGCGAGUGUUCCAAUUACUAUUGGUGGGCUGGCCCCGGGAACUCAGUACACACUCGCAUACGUGGUCCAAUACAGUGACGCGGCCAAUUGCCCGCAGACCGUUUCCGGGACUACGGAUCCGACAUGCACAGAACACACCCCUCCAGUUGCUACUGUCUCUGCGCUGAACGACAGUGCAAUUCGCAUUGACCAGAUAACAGAAGUGGUCCACUCAGUCAUAUAUUCUUUGAACUCGGGUGACCCAACUGAAAUAUCGGCCGCUCAAAUUCCUUUUGUUAUUGGGAGUCUGGAGCCAGGACAGAGCUAUGUAGUGGCUAUGGAUGUUUCGUCAGGCGGGGACUGUGAUGAGAUCACGACUCUUUCUGAAACUGUAUGCACAGAUAAAGCACCGCUGUCCCUGUCUAUAACUGCGGACGCUCCCGGCACCAGUCUAACUGUGGACGCUGUCAACUUUGGACCCAGUGGUGCUGUUUACACCGUCUCUGGAACAGUGCGUCCAGGCACGGUCUCUAAUGAUUUCACAUUUGAUAAUACAGGUGUCCCGCACACCAUCAGCACUUUGGCUGCUGGCACCCAGUAUAACAUAUCCUACGAUGUCACUGUGUCUUCUCCCUGUCCUGAAACUCUACAAGGGCAUCAAAUGGAAUGCACAAAACACACUGACCCAGUUGUGACAAUUGAUGACAGUUCUGCUACCUCGACAUCUCUCACCAUCCAGAGCAUAGAGGUCCCUUCUGCCGUUACAUUCAGCUCCACCGUCUCAGAGAACUCCGCUGGUAUCAGCCACCGCAACAUCACCACCCCGCUACCCUUCGACUUAGAGGGUUUAUUGCCUGGAAACCAGUACACUCUCAAUCUAUCUGUCACCAUCGAAGGCGACUGUCCCAGAGUUUUUGAGUUGACUAUGCCAGCUAAAUGCACAAAAAACUCAGACCCUAUCGUCACAAUUAUAACUGAGAACACGACUGCUCUGACAAUAACCAGCCUGACCGGCUACGACUCAGUUGAAGUCUCGUAUAACGACUCCACAAUGGACGACGAUUUCACACUUGCAGCGACAGAUGUCCCCCACACAAUCGGGGCAUUGGAUGCAGGCCAGUCGUACUCUGUAGUGUUCACUGUGCUUGUAUCUGGCAUCUGUGCGGAAACAGUCACCUACACAGAGACCAAAUGCACUCAAACUUUGCCACCCAAUAGCAUAUCGGUCGUUGAGACAUCGCCUAGUCCUUCUGACAAGUCAGUGGACGUCUCCGUGACUAUCCCGGCACACUCUGGCUACACCUCCAUUCUCGUACAGUACUCGGAGUUCGGAACCAACGACGCCAAAUUCGACAUUUCUAUUAAUCAGCCUGACACACAGAGUGCAUCAAACGAGAUGCCCAAGUACGGGGCUGUGUAUGAGUUCUCAGCUGCUACUCUCAAUGCGUGUGGGGAGAACAGCUCACAUGUGCUGAACUACUUCAUCACUCCUCUUCCUGCCCCCACCUUGCAGCCGACAGCCUUCUUCAAGAAUGGCACUGUGGCCCCCUUCUGUGUGUGGUGGCAAGCGGACAGCUCUGACAACAGCUACAACUUUGUACAGUUCACGGUGAUUCAGAGUGGCAGUGAAGUGGUCACUUCUGGCGACGUGCCUGUUGGACAUCUUUCUGUGGGGGUGCACUGCCUGGACAUUUCGUCAGCAAGCAGUGAUUCGGAUCCGGUUCUGCUGGAGUUCUCCCUAAAGACUGCAGUGGACGUGAUGGGCACACCUUACUCUGAAAUCAGUGCCCCACUUUCUGCGGAGUACAAUCUUGCAGAAGAAGUUUAUCUGGUGAAUGUGACUACCGACUGUGAGGACAUGUCUGAGUCUGAGUGUGAAGUGACCAUUGUGGCCGACGAGAUUCCAAUCAUACCACAACUCGCAUUCCAGUACCAGCUGGAACAAAUGAGUACUUCCACCGUCACCAGUGGCCAAUUCGAUGGUUCCGACUGCAAUCUUAGUGAUGACUCACUCAUCUACACUUGCGUGUAUACCCUGAGUGGACUGACAGCCGGCUCCACUUACACCAUCUCUGUACAGCUCUGCUCUUUCCAGUCGUGUGUUGGAGAGAACGAAGAAUGGGAAGAUGAGUUCAUGCUCAGUGCUGCAGGAAAAAGGACCGCUUUCUGGGCAACAGUACUGAUCUCUGCGGCCAUUUCAAAGUUGUUCCAAUGACACGCACAUAACAGUUGUCACUAUUAACAUUUCAUUUUUGUAUAAAAAUAGCUAAGCUGGUGUUUAUGGGUAGUUGAAAAACAAGUCUAAGCGGUAAAAUUUUUACUGCACUGUGAAGUUCUAAAACAAUUAAAACUGUACAUUUUGUAAAUAAAAAUUGCGUAGGAGAGUCAAAUUUUGUAAAAUAACCAUAAAUACUUAAAUGCUUUACAAUAAUUGAGUUAU